UUCUCACGGCUUCCUCACGUGAAGAUUCACCAGAGCCUCUUGCCGUCUCCUCUGUCUCCGAUCAAUCUCCCGGUUCCUUUUCUCCCGCAAAAUCCUUCGCAUUCCCUUAGAAAGAAGAAGAAUCUCCCUCCUGUUUCCCAUCUCGAUCAUCUCUCCGUUUUCGUACGAGUUUUGUUCAGCCCGCUUGGCUCGAUCAUGGAAGCAGUGAAUUCAUUGCUGUGGUUCAGGAAAUGCCUCCGGCUUCAUGAUAAUCCGGCCCUCGAGCACGCGUGCAGGAACUCCAGGCAUCUCUACCCUGUUUUCGUCCUCGACUCGUGGUACCUGGAUCCCGAUCCCACUGCAUUCUCUCCUGGCUCAGCCCGUGCCGGCGUCAACCGGAUCCAGUUCAUGCUUGAGAGCCUCGAUGACCUUGAUUGCAGCCUCAAGAAGCUCGGGUCGCGUCUGCUUCUCUUCAAGGGCGAUGCUGCAGAUGUCAUCAUCAAGCUUCUCAAGCGCUGGAAUAUUGGUAAACUUUGCUUUGAAUUUGAUACAGAGCCUUAUGGAUUGAAUCGCGACAGGAAAGUCAAGGACUUUGCUUCAUCAGCUGGGAUAGAAGUACUUUCUCCUGUUAGCCAUACACUUUUUAAUCCUGAGGAGAUCAUACAAAAGAAUGGUGGGAAGCCACCAUUGACUUAUCAAUCAUUCCUGAAACUAGCCGGAAGUCCUCAGCUCUCAAUUGCACUACCUCCUCAAAAACUUCCUUCUUUGGGGGACUUUGGCGAGUGUGAUCUUAUGAGUGUUCCAAGGAUCAAUGAACUAGGCUAUGGGAAUCUGAGACAGGAAGAAUUCUCUCCUUUUCGAGGAGGUGAAUCUGAAGCUUUAAAGAGAUUGGGGGAAUUGCUUAAUGACAAGGAGUGGGUUGCAUGCUUUGACAAACCUAAAGGUGAUCCAACUGCCUUGUCUAAGCCGGCAACGACAGUUUUGUCCCCUUACUUGAAGUUUGGCUGCCUUUCUUCCAGAUACUUUUAUCAGCGCCUCCUAGAUGUGUAUAAAAACGUUAAAAAUCACACAUCCCCACCAGUUUCACUUGUUGGACAGUUGUUAUGGCGAGACUUUUUCUACACGGUGGGAUUUGGAACUCCAAAUUUUGACCAGAUGAAAGGGAAUAGAAUCUGCAAACAGAUACCAUGGAAUGAGGAUGAUGCACUUUUUGUUGCUUGGCGAGAGGCAAAAACAGGUUAUCCUUGGAUUGAUGCUGUAAUGGUCCAGCUUCAUAGAUGGGGAUGGGUGCAUCAUCUUGCUCGACAUGCUGUUGCUUGUUUCUUGACUCGUGGAGAUCUGUUUAUCCAUUGGGAGAAAGGACGUGAUGUUUUCGAGAGGCUUCUUAUAGAUUCUGAUUGGUCAAUUAAUAACGGCAACUGGUUGUGGCUUUCUUGCUCAUCCUUCUUUUAUCAGUAUCAUCGCAUAUAUUCCCCUACAACUUUUGGAAAGAAAUAUGAUCCUGAUGGAAAUUUCAUCAGAUACUUCAUCCCUGUUUUAAGAGAUAUGCCUAGAGAGUACAUCUAUGAACCUUGGACUGCUCCAUUAGAUGUACAAAGAAAGGCUAGCUGCAUAAUUGGGAAAGAUUACCCAAGACCAGAAUGAUCAGCAGAAAACAAAUCGUAAAUGGGACAAGAAAUAAUGUGGAUAAUGGUGCUCUUUUAUUUGGUUGGAUACUACACGUAAGAAGAUGGACCAAAUUGAGAAAGUACGAUAUGGCAUUGUACCGAAGCCCCUUUCUACUUUGUGUCAUGGUUCACAACCCUUUUGAGUGAAUUGAAGCUAACUAGUAGGGUUAUUUUUGUAUUUUUCUUCAUCUUUUUCUUUUUGGGGUGGCGGGAGGGGAGAGGGGUUAUGAGAGAGGAGGAGAUGAAUGACAGUUGGACCUUGCAGUUGGUGUAAUAAAAAUCAUAUUUAACAACAAAACCUAGGGUCGAAUGUGCAAAAAAAAUAUAUUAUCGCAUGUCAAGCACGAAAUAGCCGUGGAGUACUCUACAUUAAAUUUUUUCUACAAGUAAUAUGUGUACUUCAGCCCUUUACUUACUACCUUGUAUCAUGGCUGUAACCCCCUUUUAGUACUAACCAAGCUGGCUGCAGGUAGGUUGGGAUCCACCAAGCGCAGUACGUGUGAAGUUUUAUCCAUGUCACUGCAUUAGUUUAAUUUAUUUAUACAAGUUCAACUUCAUUACGGAUACUUUAAUGAACCAGAUCGUAUUGUCGCUUUAUGGCAUGGUGGUGUACAACUGAAUGGAGACUUAACACAUUAAUUUUUGCUAUGGAAAUUUUGUUUCAACAAAUGAUAUGACCAUGCAGAAAUGCUCAUUCCACCAUUAAAUAUUUAAAUAUUCCUUAAAUCAUGUAGUUCUUAUUUAAAUUCGCCAUACAAAUAUUGUGUCAUUUCAAAUACCGAUGUUUGAGUUGACGUUUAUUUUAGGUCCUUUACAUAAACUUCAAAUUUCUGUCAUAGUCUCAUUAUUAUGUUUGGUCUUCAAAUCUCUUUAGUUCAAAUAUUAACAUCAGAUGUUUAGGAUGUUUUUACGUUGACAUGAUCUUGAUUUUGGUUUCCGAUUUUUUUUUUGUUCAAAAUUUCAAUUCAGUUGCAGGUUUAGGCUUUUUUUUUUACAUAAAUACAUUCCUGAAAGAUUUGUUCCAGUCCCAGUUUGAAUGAAGCUUCAAGUUCGAUUUUUGAACAUAUAAAAGAAGGCUUUAUCAGGUUUAUGUUGCUAAUAAUGCUAGUUCCAGUGAUUGACCACGCUUCUGCAAGCCAUGAUUGCAAAAGGAGAUUAGCAGCAGCCUAUACAUUGAACAAGAAGACCAAUAAUUUGGUCUCAGAAGAGGAGAUUGAUCUUUUAAGAAGGAAUCUAGAGCAAGAUCAGACU